CGCUUCAGCAACAAACAGAAGAAGCUGCUAAAGCAACUGAAAUUUGCAGAAUGCCUUGAAAAGAAAGUUGACAUGAGCAAGGUAAACCUGGAAGUAAUCAAGCCAUGGAUAACAAAGAGAGUAACAGAAAUCCUUGGAUUUGAAGAUGAUGUAGUAAUUGAAUUUAUCUUCAAUCAGUUGGAAGUGAAGGCCUGAACCAAAAUGGAAGUUAUUCCUUGCGUCUGAAGUAUAGCACCAUCACCUUAUUAGGUCACAGCAGAGUGAGUGUCCAAUGUCGCUCUGACCAACUCCCUUGAUGAUGCAGUGUGUGUUUGGAGGUGAGUUGUGUAAAGUGGCCGAACCAAAGACAGAGAAAGCAUCCAACAGAAAGAAAUUGGGCAAAGCUUUACACUGCUCUUUAAAUUGUUUUGAAUUAAAUCACAUUAAUUAUAAAGAAUGAAGUGCAGUUCUAAAUUGGUAAGAGACGUUCAGUGGAGACCUACUCUGUUUAGAACUAUGUUCAGCUGGGAUGGCGGGCUUAAUAUAUAUAUAUAUGAUUAUAAAAGUACACUUCAGUUUAAUUUAGAAAGCUUAAAGGUUCAAGCUGUUUUUCACUGAAAUCAGUGGCAUGGCGCCCCUCUGAUAUCAGCUAAUUAAUAGUGAGACAUACUAUACAGCAUGAACUGCGUAAAUGAACUUGCGUUCAUGAUAAACAGUCUUUUAUUUUGCACAGACUGCGGCUGCAUUCCAAGAGAUAGUAAAAGUGUUUCUCUGAACCAUUGGCAAAAUGUUCUUGUUCUAAUAUUCUCUAUGCUCAAUCUUUCUUCCAAAGAAUUCAUCUUUGAUUUGACUGAACAGUUGAAAUUUCAACUGAGAAAGGUAUUGAUGUUUUCUUUAAAAAAAGACAUGCUGUAAUUUGAAAGUAGGUUUUUUUUUUUAAUGUCCAUAUUUGUAAUCCCUUACUGUAUUUUAAUAGAAAUUCUGUUGGGGGAGCAGGUUUAGGGGAAUCAGAUGAAGUAUGAUAUUGUGGUAGGAAGUAGUUUACUAAUAUGUAUUAAUAAAAUAAAACCUUAAUGUGCAGUUUUAAUUCCCCUUCAUAGAAAGCAUGAUUUGAAGUUUAGAACUUAAAAAAAAAACAUUUUUUUUCUUUCUGUGGUUGUGUACUCAUUAUUGCUUGUUCGUCUUUUGCAAUUUAGAUAAAUGGUAUAACAUUAAACUCAAGGUGAUUGAGUUGCAGUAGGGAGUCGGAAGCAAGCCAAGGGAACAUCUUUCUCUACAGGGGACUUGGCGAUUCCAAACCCCCCCAAAGUUCCAAGAAGAAAAAGAAGACACCUGGAAUCUGUACUUGCUUUGUGCUGUUGAGCUGUGCUUGUUACAUGGACCCUGUUGCUUUGACCAGCAACUUUAGAACUAAAUUGCCCACCUGUACUGUGAACCACACUUGACCUCUUAAUCCUUUGUGGUCAUCACAUAAUUGUCGUUAAGAAAAUGAUGGCAGCUUUCAUUCCAUUAAAUAGUUAGUGGAGGUUUAGUUUAGUUUAGUUUACUGAUGGAAGUAAGAAAAUGCAUGCAUAAAUUCUUUUUCAGUUUUCUUAGCAGGAUUUCAGUGAUAUUGUAGAUGACUCUGUAAUGUUAAGUGUACAGCUUCUGUCCAUUGUACAGAUAACUUAAAAGGAUUUUUCAAGGAGCGGUACCAAAGAAUGCUGGGGGAAAAUGUUUAGAAAGAUAAUUAGAAGAAUACACCAUCUAUUAUGAUGCUGCUAUGGCAAAUUCAUGACCCUCUGUUUCAGUGGCUGUACAGGUCAUACCUUAUGAAAUCCACAAAGGAUUAACAGGCCACUCUGAAUGUAAUGGUAAGGCAAGAGAAUGUUGGUUAUUUGUUAGGGCAGUUACUGAACAACUUUUAAGCAAAGUUUUGUUUAAAAAAAACUAAUAAAAUGAGUAAUAUGAUCUUGUCCAUGGUAGAAGAUUAAAUCAAAAUAAAGAAUAACUUGUCUGGGUUUGGUUUUUCAAAUAACCUGUAUUUCUUCCUGUCAUAUCUCUUUACAGAAUCCUGAUUCCAAAAUGAUGCAAAUCAACCUGACUGGAUUUUUGAAUGGGAAAAAUGCAAGAGAAUUCAUGGGGGAACUAUGGCCACUGCUGUUAAGUGCUCAAGAAAACAUUGCUGGUAUUCCAUCUGCUUUUCUGGAGCUGAAGAAAGAAGAAAUAAAACAAAGACAGAUUGAACAGGAAAAAUUGGCUUCAAUGAAGAAACAAGAUGAAGACAAGGAUAAACGAGACAAAGAAGAUAAAGAGAACAGAGAAAAGCGGGACCGCUCUCGGAGCCCCAGAAGACGCAAAUCAAGAUCUCCUUCCCCUAGAAGACGCUCAUCUCCUGUUAGGAAAGAGAGGAAACAUAGCCAUUCUCGAUCACCCCACCACACAGCCAAAAGUCGCAGUGUUACACCUCUGCCAGUAAAGAAAGAAGAGACACCAGAACCAGAACCUUCCAUGAAAGUAAAAGAAACAUUGAUCCAGGAGGCCACAUCUACCAGCGAUAUCUUGAAAAUCCCUAAAAUUGAGCCUAUGCCGGAUACUAAGGAAAUAUCUCCAGAAAGAGUUUCCAAAAAGGAAAAGGAAAGGGAAAAAGAAAAGGAGAAGGCUCGUCCAAGAUCUCCAUCUCGAUCUAGAUCAAGAUCAAAGUCUCGAUCACGUUCCCCAUCUCAUUCAAGACCAAGAAGACGUCAUAGAUCACGAUCCAGGUCUUAUUCACCAAGGAGGCGGCCUAGCCCAAGAAGGCGCCCAUCUCCUCGGAGAAGAACCCCACCGAGACGUAUUCCACCUCCACCCAGGCAUAGAAGAAGCAGAUCUCCUGUGAGGCGGAGGAGAAGAUCAUCAGCAUCAUUAUCAGGAAGUAGUUCAUCCUCAUCAUCUUCACGUUCUCGAUCACCACCAAAGAAACCGCCUAAGAGAGUUGUCUCUAGUCCUCCCCGGAAAACAAGAAGGCUUUCUCCUUCUACAAGCCCCCCAAGGCGAAGACACCGACCCUCCCCACCUCCCAGUCCUCCCCCCAAGCCCCGCAGGUCACCAACACCACAGCAGUCUAAUCGUACAAGAAAAGCCCGUAGUUCUGUUUCUCCCAAUAGGACUUCAGCACCUAAACAUAAAAGUAUUGAAAAGAGAGAAUCUCCCUCACCUGCACCAAAAACAAGAAAAGUUGAACUGUCAGAAUCAGAAGAAGACAAAGGUGGUAAAAUGGCAGCUGCAGAUUCUGUGCAGCAAAGACGACAGUACAGAAGGCAGAACCAGCAGUCUUCAUCUGAUUCUGGUUCAUCAUCAUCUUCUGAAGAGGAACGACCGAAAAAGUCAAGUGUGAAAAAUGGUGAAGUGGGUAGACGACGACGGCAUUCGCAUUCUCGCAGCCCAUCUCCUUCUCCACGAAAGUGGCAGAAAGAAUCUUCUCCUCGGAUGCAGAUGGGAAAGAGGUGGCAGUCACCAAUUGUUAAAAGUAGGAGGAGGCGAAGUCCCUCCCCACCACCACCCAGAAGACGACGGUCUCCUUCUCCUGCCCCCCCUCCAAGACGUCGCAGGUCACCGUCACCCCCACGACGAAGGUCUCCUUCACCACUCCCUCGCCGGCAUUCGCCUACACCCAGAAGAUACUCUCCUCCCAUUCAGAGGAGGUAUUCUCCUUCUCCUCCUCCAAAGAGGCGAACAGCAUCACCUCCUCCCAAAAGAAGGGCUUCUCCUUCUCCGCAGCCUAAGCUCAGAGUCUCUCGCUCUCCACCACCAAAACAAAGAAGCUCUCCACCCGCAAAAAGACGUUCGCCAUCUGCAUCUUCCAAGCACAGGAAAAGCUCCCCUCCUAGCAGGUCCAACCGGGAACCCCGCUCUCCACUGCAGAACAAGCGGCAUUCACCUUCCCCACAGCCUAGGCCUUCACGGACCUCUGCCAGCCCCCCAUUGUUGCGUAGGGGUCCUUCUUCAUCACCUCAGCGAAGGCAGUCUCCAUCUCCAACCUCUAGGCCCAUCCGAAGAGUCUCAAGGACUCCAGAGCCCAAGAAGUCAAAGAAGGCUUCUCCACCAAGUCCCCAUUCUGCAAGAAGGGGUUCUUCGUCUAGAUCAGCUUCAGCAUCCCCUGAGCCACCCGCUAAGAAGCAUCCAGCACCUCCCUCUCCUGCUCGAUCAGCAUCCCCUUCUGCUCACUGGUCACCAGUAGCACCUGCAAAGAAGGCUAAAAGUCCGACUCCAAGCCCAUCACCAGUACGAAAUUCUGAUCAGGAAGGAGGUGGUAAAAAGAAGAAGAAGAAGAAGGAUAAGAAGCAUAAAAAGGAUAAGAAGCACAAGAAACACAAAAAGCAUAAGAAAGAAAAGGCUGCUGUAGCUGCUGCAAUGGCUGCUUGUACAGCAUCUGCAGAGGAAGAUCAAGAAAAAAAUGUAGAACCCAAAAAGGAGACUGAGAGUGAAGCAGAAGAUAACCUGGAUGACUUGGAAAAACACCUGCGUGAGAAAGCUCUGAGGUCGAUGAGGAAGGCGCAGGCAUCUCCACCAUCUUAGGAUGAAGCAGCAUUUGAUUUCAUGUAAAUUUUAUUUGGUUUAUACUCAAGAUUUCAAUUUCAAAUUGCUAAAAUGUGUUUGAGCUUUAGACUUUAACAUCGGUUGUAAUAAUUGCUAGGUUAAAGUUCACCAUUAUUAUUAAAAAAAGGGCAUGGAUCUUCAUUACAAACAAAAAACAAAAAACCAUUUACAGCGUACUAGUGACCUCCUUUGACAUUUGACAUGAUUUUGUUAGAAUUUUCUUAAGCAUCAAGGAUCUCUUCCCCGCCCUAUCCCUGUUCCUGUUCAAUGGUUUUAAAAGGGCCUGGCAAACUUCAGAGUUUUUCUAAAGCGGGUGGGCAACUACGGCCCUUUCACGAUCUGUGGACUUCAACUCCCAGAAUUCCUGAGCCAGCUAAAGUCCACAGGGCAUAAAGAGCCAUGGUUGCCCAUGCCUGCUCUAAAAGGUCAUAGUACAAAUGCUUACAACAUUUCUAUUGUAAAUUCUUGCUCCAGAUCUUUUGUGGUUUGUAGGCACGAGGGAGCCACUCUUGGCAAAGAAUUAUGUGGGAACACUUGCCAAACAGCCAGGUUUCUCAGUGUUUCCUAAUAAUUUAUGUUUAAAAUUGGCACAACAUAUCUACUUUAUAAACUUGCUUGGCAGAAGGCAAUGGGUUCAUUAUAAUAUGAUAAAUUUAUUUGGAACACUGGAUUUUUAAUUUGUACCUUUUCUCUCUUAUCCCCUUCACCUUUUAAAAAAUACAGUUCCUGUGAUCAACAGUCUCAGCCAAAUUUGGCAUAAAUUUUUGUUUUGUGGAAUGUUGUUGCCCAUUCAUAGUUUUCUUUCAUCUUGUUGAAGUCCUUUGGAAUAGUAUGUAAGUUUCAGAGUUGUGGUUUCUGAAAACCUGAAGGACCUGAACUUUGGAUAUUGUCAUGUUCACAUUGGGGGUUUUAUUUUGUUUCUGUUUUUUUAAACUAAAGCUAUUACAAAGCUUGUGUAUUAAACAAAAUAAAUUUCUAAAUUUAAAGGA